UGUCGUUUCGUUUCAUUUAACGAUUUUCACAAAUUACAAUUUACAACCUACGUUUCUUAUUUUCGGAUAUUCAUGAGUUAGUGUAAGGUUUCCGCAAUCUAUUGUGGCCACUGAGCGUGCGUGUUAAUUGAUAUGCAUGCACGACGACAGUGAGAGUUCGUGUAGAAAUUGAAUUGAUAUUUCUGGCAAUUUCUUUUUUUUUUUGUUUUUAAUUUCUCACUUUCCAUUUAUCGUUCAGCGAGAUUUUGUCACGUUAUUGUUAUUAUUAUUAUUGCGUUCGGUGUGGAACCAAACCGAGAUGCCGUGUGUUGAAUAUGUUUGAAGACACAUGGCGGCGGUUACAGGGUUACUUAAUAAGCCUUUGUUUCUUUGAGUCGAUUGGUGUUUUUCUUUUUUUAAUAAAUUGGUCCUUGUCUCUUGAAUUGAGCAUUUGCUGCGAAAUUUUGAAGAUUCAAGUAUUCAACGUUCCAGAAGAGUUCUUUGUUUACAUUUAUAUAUAGCACCUGAAAUUGGCUUUGGAGUUCUUAUACUGUUUGUUUGUUUGGUUUUGAAAUUCUGGAUUUUGGAUUGUGUUCUGCUCAGUUUUGUUAAGGAGAAAGUGGGGUUUGAGAGUUUUGGCAUUAUUUAUUAUUAGCGUGUUUGGUUCCACAUUCCAGAUACCCCAGACGUGGUUUUUCGCGUCAGCUAAGAAGCUGGUAGUUGUAACUUUCACAUCCCUGACGUGAUUUCUUACUUCUCAACAGAGAAUUGAGUUGAUGGGGGGUAACAAUUCUAAGGAGGAUAAUAACAAUUGGAGGCAGAAUUCAUCUGUGCGUUCAAGUUCCUCUGCGUCUUCUUGGGGUUCAUAUCCUGACCCCCAAUCAGGUUAUGGUCACGGGGGUUACGCGUAUGAGCCACAACAGCCUUCUUAUCCUACACAGCAGCCGUAUUAUGCCCAACCGCCGCCGCCGCCGCCAAACUAUGGCAAUGAACCUCAGCCUCAUGCUAGCGGCAGAGUGGCCGGCCACAGAAAUGAGAAGCGGUUAGACAGGAAAUACUCGAGAAUCACAGAUAACUACAACUCCAUAGAUGAGGUGACUGAGGCUCUUGCACGUGCAGGCCUUGAGUCUUCAAAUCUUAUUCUUGGUAUUGAUUUCACUAAGAGCAAUGAGUGGACAGGAAAGCAUUCAUUUAACAGAAAAAGUUUGCAUCACAUUGGGAAUGGUCCAAACCCCUAUGAACAAGCAAUAUCAAUUAUUGGGAAGACCUUGGCUGCAUUUGAUGAGGAUAACUUGAUUCCUUGUUUUGGAUUUGGGGAUGCAUCAACACAUGAUCAAGAUGUCUUUAGUUUCUAUCCAGAUGAACGAAUUUGCAAUGGAUUUGAAGAAGUGUUGAGUCGGUAUAGGGAAAUUGUUCCUAUUAUUCGACUUGCAGGUCCUACUUCAUUUGCACCAAUCGUUGAAAUGGCCAUGACAAUAGUUGAGCAGACUGGAGGCCAGUACCAUGUUUUGGUGAUAGUUGCGGACGGCCAGGUAACAAGAAGUAUUGACACUGAGCAUGGGAGACUAAGUCCACAGGAGCAGAGCACUGUGGAUGCCAUUGUUGAGGCCAGUAAAUUUCCUCUUUCAAUCAUAUUGGUUGGUGUUGGAGAUGGUCCUUGGGACAUGAUGAAGGAGUUUGAUGACAAUAUCCCAGCCCGGGUCUUUGAUAAUUUUCAGUUUGUGAAUUUCACAGAAAUUAUGUCAAAGAAUAUUCCUCCUUCUCGAAAAGAGGCAGCAUUUGCGCUUGCAGCACUGAUGGAAAUUCCUUCUCAGUAUAAGGCAACAAUAGAGCUUAAUCUCUUGGGUGGUCGAAAUGCAAAUGCUCCUCAGAGAGUUGCUCUCCCAACACCAUCAUAUGGUUCAGCAUCUAUGGGCAUUUCAAAACCUUAUGGUUCAGCAUCUUUUGGCGCUUCAAAACCCUAUGGUUCAGCAUCCUUUGAUGCCCCAAAACCUUAUGGUUCAGCAUCUUUUAGCAGUUCAAAACCUUCUCAUGCUGCUAGCUUUGAGCAGAGUGCCCCUUCUUAUUAUGACAACACGGACCCUGUUGGCACAGCUCCUCCUGCCCCAAGUUCCUCAUAUGACAAUCAGCUUUGCCCCAUAUGUCUGACCAAUUCAAAAGACAUGGCCUUCGGAUGUGGACAUCAGACAUGUUGUGAAUGUGGACAAGAUCUUCAGUCGUGUCCCAUCUGUAGAAGCCCCAUUAACACCAGAAUUAAGCUUUACUAGGCGGCCUCUUCCGUUGUGAAUUAAUUAUUUUGUUGUGUAAGCUAAAAUUCUUUGAUUUUUUUAACCUUCUCUGGUUGUAUACAAACGUUAGAUCAGCUGUGUCUAUUGAUGAAAAAUGGUACAACAAAAAAAUAUCCAAACCAAUUAAAUUAUUUGGUUUUAUUUGGUUUGGACUUGUAAAAAAAUUCUUCAAACCCCAACCGAACAAAUGUGAACAAGAAUUUGUUUGGUUUGUUUCUUGGGUUGUCCAAACAAAAAGAAAAUGUUAAUUCGACCAUUUUAGUAUCCA